UUGAAAAAAACUCACUCUUCCCUGCGCGCAUUGCACCCUGGGAUAUGGUAGGCCGCGGAGUGUACAUCAGAUGUAUCCUUCAAAUUGGGGGAAAGAAGGCUGCAUUCGUGGGCCGCAUUCGGAGGAGUCUCGUCUUUUUUUUAAAUUGGGACAGCCUUCUUUCGGCGGAAGUGACGUAUGCGGUCUACGAAUGCACCCUUCGAAGGAUGAAACCCCUGAAUUGAGACACGGCCAUCUCAUAAACGUAUGCGGCGUGCGUCAUGACGUCACGGUCUGUACGUUCUUCUUAAUAUGCUUCAGAGUCCGACCAGGAGAGGCUGCCUUGGCCUGCUGCGCUAAACACUCAUCCGUUCCUAACGGAUUGCUGGACAUGUAUUUUACUUUGUGCUGAGGUGUACCAUAUUGCGUGGUGCUGAUACAUCAUGGAAAACCAGAGGGAUGAACGUUCAGCUCGCAAGGACAUCUUCUUCAAAACCAGCCUGUUGAGAGAGUGGACACACUGAUUCGCACAUGAAAAGCAAUAUUUGAAUGUCUGGAUAAAGUUUUACUCAUACUUGCUCAUUGAAAAGGGAUGCCAUCACGGAUCAUCAUGGAAAAGCAGAAAUCAGUGAAUGCUGCUACUUCAUCAAAAUUGAUCGGAGAAUCCUGUACCUUUAUCUGCACAGAGUGCGGUGAUGGGUUCAGUCAGUACUCUUAUCUAUUGAGCCACAUGACCAUUCAUGGACCUCUAGAGUCAUUUUCCUUUGAUGGCUCAUCAAAUGGAUUUGAAGUCCCUCGGGAAUAUGUGCUGCAAGAAAAUGGUACACUGACAGUUGUGAACGGCUUGGAGUCACAAUCUUCUGUAAAACCAGUAUCUUCUGGAGUCCUGCCAUCUCAUUUCCCAUCCGCCAUCAAACGCAUGUCUCCAACUCUGAAGCCACAGCAUACUCCUUAUAAUAGAGAUGUGUUCGGGCCAAGGCCAUCUGACUUGAACCUAGACAAGUCCCGCCAGGGGCAUUACCGUUGUGAAAUAUGUAGCAGAUCAUUUAACAGCCUGCAGAGUUUGCAUCGUCACCAGCAGUAUCGAAACACAGAGCGAGGUUAUAAGUGUACUCUGUGUUGUAAGAUCUUUGAAGGUAGACAGGACCUUAAGAAACACCUCCAAGACCAUGUCAAAGAAAGAUUCCAUUGCUGUAGUCAUUGUGGUAAGCGAUUCCUUCAAAUAGAUGCACUAAAUGCUCAUCACAAAGAAAAUCACCUCCCCAAGGCUACAGCUUUGGAUGGAUGUGUGAUAAGGCAGGAGAAUAAUCUGGAGAAAUCAUAUCCUUGCAGGAAGUGCAAGUUGAAUUUUUUCUGGAUGUCAGAUUUUCAGACCCAUUCACUGCAUCAUUGCAAAGGAAAAGAGCCUGAAGAACCAUUAGCGUCCAAAAUUGAAGUGAAGUCUAAGAACAUAGAAGACACACCACCUAAAAAUGUCUACAGUAAUGGGACAUCUAUUGGUGUAAAUAUUGGAGAUAGUAAAAUCUUUAGGGAUACCAGCAAUAAGAUUGUUGCUGAUUUCUCUCCAACACCAUACAGAUGCGGUUUGUGUGGUGAUCGUUUCCAAAGGUUAACAUCCCUAAAGGAGCAUCAUCGCACACAUCAAACUCAGGAGGAAAUAGAUAAGCUGAAUCAAGAAUCAAAGAAAACGAUUCGGCGAAGAAUGCCGCCUAAAGGCCGACGUAGAAGGACGAGUAAUCCAAAUGGCAAGCUGCAUCCUUGCAAGCAGUGUCAACGUGUUUUUAACCAUUCUAGCAGUUUAUCUCGGCACAUGAGAUACCAUAAGGGUACCAUGCACACAUGUGCAUUUUGUGGUAGACAUUUCCCACAGCGCUGUGAUUUAAGAAGGCAUCUAGCCAUGUAUCACAAAGCAGAAUCGGAAAAGAAACCAGGUUUGAAACACUUGUACACAAAUCCCAAAAAUGGGCCAGACACCAGUCCUUUCAAUGGUGAAAUAUACACAGACUCUACUGAUGAGAAAACCAAGAGCUCCUCUGACAAUGAACAAAUGUCAUCACUAGAGCAGCAAAGAAAGAGCAAACAAUCAGGAAAAGCUGGCCGAGUUAACUACAAGUGCCAAGAAUGUGGAAAGAGAUUUGGGCUGCUAUGUGUGUACCAACGGCACUUGCGCUAUCACAAAAAGGAACCUAGUAAGUCCCAGAGGCAUCCAGCUCAAUUCAGGAACACUUUGUCCCUUGAGCUUCAGCUUGAGAAUCACCCAAGCUCCGGAGAUGCAAAUGAUGUUGAACAAACAUCUUACAACAGAAGGGACGCUGUUUUAGAAAAGGGGAAUGCAGAUGACAUAGAGGAUGACUAUAUGGACCAUACUCAAAAUGACAAAGGAAAUUCCUCAGAGGUCCUUUACGAAUGUACUGAGUGCACCGAGACAUUCUCAUGCCUGGACACAUUCCUUCAGCACCAGACUUCUCAUGGCUCAGAAAACGGGUAAUUAUCGUGUCAACCCCAAUAGUAACUGUAAUUGCCAACAACCAAGUCUUUUUUACUCUUUUGAAUACAAGUAUUUCAAUAACUGUAUGAUGUAAAGUUUGUUACAUUUUUUGACCAACUACUUUAAUACAUUUUUCUUUGGCAUGAAAAGAAACAUCUGUUAAUAAUGAAAUAUCAAAAACCAAUGGGAACCAGAAAUCAAGGCUCGGGUGGGAAGCAUACCAAAUUAAUGUGAAUAAAAAAACUAAAAAAACUAGUGCAGUCCCACCAAUUGCCCCCUAGCAAGGACAAGUACAUUGCUACAUUGUAUUUUUAGUGGCAAAUGAUGCUGUACUUGUCAAUCAUAUUGCUGAAUUAUUUUUAUUAUUUCUUGAGAUUGUCUUAAAUAUGUGAUAUGAAUAUGUCUUCCUUUUUGAAAAGGUAGCAUUGCUACCCGGUGGAUUUUUACUGGUGCCAUUAAAGUUGUACAGAGAAAUUACUUCAAGUACA